GCCGCGCCGGCUUGGGGAAGACUUACCUACUCAAGCUCGUUGAGGAGUACUUCUCCCGAGAUGACACCUUCGAUCUCGUGCUGCGAAUCGCCUCUCCGAGAGAUUCCUCCGUAGCCAAGGUACUAUCUAUACAUGCAUACUGAUUUAUUGCGAGUAGUAUAACACUAGGAUAUUCAGUUUUUUUUUUGAGAGGUAGGAUAUUCAGUUGAGGUAUUUACAAAAUGAAGAGAAAUAGCACAUCUACAAAUAUAUAAUUUUUUUUAGCAAAUGUAUGAUACUUUGCACUGGAUAUGUUGUUGACAACCAUUGCAUGGACAGAUAUAAACAAUUUGGCCCUUUCAUUCCAUAUCCAUCAUAAGAUGCAUUUCUAGCAUGUAACUCUUGGCCACUUUCAGGUUCAAAGUGAAAUUGCCAAGAAACUCAUGUUGGCUAACUGUGACGGCAUGCAACAUAGAGCAAGAAUUUUCGACUUCUUGAAGGAGAGAAAUUUCCUUUUAUUGCUUGACUGUGUAUGGCAGAGACUGGAUCUAGAAGAAGUUGGGAUUCCAUCACUUGACUUGGUUGGAAGCUGCUACAACCGAAGAGUGGUUUUCACGGCAUGCUCUAGCCAUGUCUGUGAUCAAAUGAAUGUGGAAGUGGAGAACAGAAUUGAGGUUCACUGUCUUGAUCAUACAGAAUCAUGGGAAAUUUUCAAGCAGAAUGCUGAUCUUGAUUACUUGGGCCAUAAGCAUGUGUACCUGCCAAGAAAUAUUUCCGCGGAAUUGCUUGGUUCACCUUUGGAGCUGGUAACAAUUGGAAAGGCCAUGCACAAUAAGAAGGAUGCAAUAUAUUGGCAAAAUGCCCUUCAUUAUCUGACUGAAUCAUGCCUUCGUGACACUCAAUGGUCAGGUAGUGAAGAGGCAACAUUUUUCAGAUUAAAACUUGCGUAUGACAGCUUGACAGGAAUUCUGAAAGAUUGCUUUAAGUUGUGUUCUUUAUGGCCAGAGGGCCAUAUAUUUAAUCAACGGAAAUUAGUAGACUUCUGGAUAGGGUCAGGAUUAAUACAAGGGGAUGACAUUGAAGCGUCUUACAACGAAGGUUUCUCUCAUAUUACCACCUUGCAAGAAUUUUGCCUUUUAGAGCCAGCAGAAGAUGGAGAGGCAGUGCAAAUGCAAUCUACAAUCCGUGAUUUUGCCUUAUGGGUUGUACACAGUCAAGGCGAGGACAAGAACAAAUGGAGAAUCCAAACCAAAGAGAAUUGGGGAUUGGCAGAGCAAGUUCUAUUAGUGGGGCUUAAAAUUACAGAACUGCCUCGUAUUCCUAGCAAUCAAAAAACCCUUGAAGUCUUGAUACUCCAGCACAAUUAUUUGGAAGACGGUUCUUUCGGGAACUUCCCCUCGUUGCUUUCACUGCAGUACCUAGAUCUCUCUUUUAAUAAAUUGUCCAAUAUACCUGUAGAGAUUUGCAUGCAGGUCAACCUAAGAUAUCUGAAUUUGUCAAAUAACAGAAUAAAAACGGUACCAGUGGAGUUAGGCUGUCUUACCAGACUGAGGCACUUGCAUCUUCGGAAUAAUCCAAAUCUAGUUAUUCCAAAUGGUAUACUACCAAAACUCCAGAAUUUGGAGGUGCUGGAUGUUUGCUCAUUUAAUUUACUGCAGUGCUCAUCCUAUGAGGCGCCAAUUAAUGAGCUUGUGCGUAUGGAUAAAUUGCAGUCCCUUGGAAUUACUGUUCGUUCAGAAACCUCGUUUCAAGGGAUUAGUAAGACAACCUUACCAAUACGGUCCCUCUCUAUUGUCAUUUAUAACCAUGAAGAUGGGUAUGAGACUCAUGUAUCUUCUGAAAAUUCUUGUAUCAAUCCUGAAAGACAAACAAACCUGUUUGAACUUGGUAUUUACACAAGACAAAAGACUAUUGUGCUUGACAGCAUUCAUUCAAUGUGGAAUGUUCAGCAUGUUGAGAAAGCAUACCUCCAUGGUUAUUUCGUUGAUAGGAUCAUAUGCCAGAAGCUGCACACUGGAGAUAUUUUUGCAAAACUCAGACGUUUGGAUAUAGUACGGUGUUCAAGAUUGAAUCAUAUUUCAUGGAUUAUUCAUCUCCCGCUUCUAGAGGAUUUGCUGCUAUUUUCAUGUUCAACAUUGCACCAGAUUAUUGCUACUGCACAAGAUGGUGUCGUUAAGACAAAUCAGGAAAAGGAAAAUCCAUCAGUUAAUAAUACAUUCCCCAGUCUUAAAAGGAUGACACUGAUCGAAGCUGGUGCAUUGGUUAGGAUCUGCAGCCCGUUCUUCUCAUUUCCUUCUCUGGAAUGCCUUCAGAUCUCUGCAUGCCCUUUGUUGAAUAAACUUCCCUUUCUUACCGUUCCGAGCAAACUGAAAUGUAUACGCGGUGAGAAUGAAUGGUGGGAUGGUUUGGAAUGGGAAGACCAAGAUCUUGAACCUUCACUUGAACUUUACUUUCAUGGCCUCUCUGCUGAAGAUCAACUAUCUGAAUUGUAUCUUUUCAAUAGCCUGGAAGUGGAAUGGGCUAGUAUCUUUACCCCUUGAUGAAAGAAGCAACUGCUGGUGGUGACAAUGCAUCUUCAUCUACACAUGCUGCGAAACCAGCGAGCGAACCUUCCAAAACGAGGCCCACAACACCAACGAUAUCUUGCUUUGCAUCAGGCCAUUCCCAAUCCAAUGACUAGGAUGGUGUCCAUAACAUUAAAUAAGAUGCCACAUAGGAUGAAAAAUUAUGUGGCAAGUGAAUAAAUGAGGAAAGAGAAGGAAACCAUGUCUUGCAUGAGACAUGGUUUCUACACAAUAUCCAAGACAUCAUGUGAGAUAAGAAGCAUUAAAUUUAAGUAUGGAAUAGUAGUGUUUACAUUGGAAGAGGAGUGUCUAGUACUAGUUUCUUAAUGAUGUGGAGUUUGUGAAAACCAUGUCUAGUGUUUUUGGUUGGGAAUGGCCUCAACGAUGGUAACCUAAACAGUUUGUUUUCCCAAAGCCGUA